GUCAUGGAGGAGACGGUCUGGGAACAGUACACAGUGACCCUGCAGAGGGAUCCAAAGAUGGGUUUUGGCAUCGCUGUAUCAGGAGGGCGAGACAACCCAAAUGAGGAGAGUGGCGAGACAUCCAUUAUCGUGUCUGAUGUCCUGCAAGGAGGACCAGCUGAUGGCUUGCUGUUUGAGAAUGACAGAGUGGUGCAGGUGAACGCCAUUCCCAUGGAGGGGGUAAUUCAUUCCUUCGCCGUCCAAACCCUCAGAAAGUGUGGCAAAGUUGCAAAAAUUACUGUCAAGAGAUCAAGAAAGGUUCCUGUAAACGUCAUGAAUCGUCCCGGAUCACCUGAUGAUCGCGUUUUCAACAAUGACUACGCUGAUGACUACAACUACGACCAGGAUCGUCGCAGUGUGUACAGCAACAGACAGGACCACAGUCUAGAGAGGGAACAAGGUGGCUACAUGGAUUCUGGCUAUCAAACACGUGAGCGUGAUUACGACCGGAACUAUGACAGACGAGAACGGGGCAGGAGCACGGAGAGAGACCUGAGCCCCGACCAACAUUACAAGAGAGAUGGUAGCAGAGGUCGUACCUUGGACAGAGAACGUAGCCCCGAUCGCCAUCACAGAAGCGAUCACAUACUCAACCGUGACUAUAGCCCGGACAGAAGGUACCGCAGCGAGCGCACGUUAGACCGAGACAACAGUCCUGAUCGGCGUUACCGCAGUGAGCGGGCCCUCGACCGUGACUACAGCCCGGACCGGCGCUAUCGUAGUGAGCGUGCGCUUGACCGCGCCAACAGUCCUGACCAGCGCUACAGACGGGACAGCCGUAGCCCGGGCCGCAGCCGUGGCCGUAACCACAGCUUUGAACGAGGACGAGAACGAAAUCCCAGCGAUUCAAGAAAAUAUGAUGAGCCUCUAAAGAGAGGCAGUAGCAGGGACCGACUGGAGCGUUCACCGUCACCCGCCGCCAUGCCCAUUCCUAUGCCACGUCCUGCUCGAGAACUGGAGCCACUGGAGAAACCUGUGAAUGUUCUGCUGCUCAAGAACCGUCCGAACGAAGAGUAUGGCCUUCGUCUAGGCAGUCAGCUCUUUAUCAAAGAGAUGACCAGCACAGGGCUUGCCAGCAGAGACGGAAACCUACAGGAAGGAGACAUAAUCCUUAAGAUCAAUGGAACAGCGACUGAAAACCUGUCUCUCAGCGACGCAGGGAAACUGAUUGAGAAGUCACGUGGCAAGCUGCAGCUGGUGGUCCAGAGAGACAGGCAGCAAGUGCUGAUCCGAGUCCCGCCUAUGGUCGACAGUGACUCAGAGCUUGAUGACAUUUCCGAGAUAGAAUCAUAUCGCUCCUACUCUCCACAAGAUGAAAGACGAGGUCAUCAUUCAGAUCUUUCUUCCCACUCCUCCAAUGAAAGGCUCCGAGAGAAGCCAAGAGAGGAUGCGCCUAAUAGGUUAGCUAAAAUGGGUGCGAUGCCAACCCCAUUCAAAGGUCUUGAACGAGCUGUGGAAGAAACGCAGCCGUUGCCUGCUGAGAGGGAGGAGCCACGGUCAUCAACACCACCAAGUGAAUCGAUCACAGUUGGCCCAAAGAUUCACGCACCACCUAAAGUGCCACUCAAGCCAAGCAAGGAGGACCAGGAAGUAUACGGGCCAAACACUUUGAUGGUCCGUUUUCAGAAAGGUGACAGCGUUGGUAUGAGGCUUGCAGGUGGCAACGAUGUUGGCAUCUUUAUUGCGGGGGUUCAGGAAGACAGUGCAGCUGAACAGCAAGGUCUUCGCACCGGAGAUCAGCUUGUAAAGGUGAACAACAUGGACUUCAGAGGUAUGGUCCGAGAAGAUGCCGUACUUUAUCUCCUCGAAAUUCCCAAAGGAGAAGAUGUGACCAUCCUUGCACAGAGCAAACCAGAAGUUUACAAAGAUAUUUUAGCAUCUGGCAGAGGCGACUCAUUCUUCAUCAGAACCCACUUUGAGUAUGAGAAAGAGGCCCCUCAGAGCCUGCCUUUUACCAGAGGAGAAAUUUUCAAAGUUACUGACACGCUGUAUGAUGGCAAGCUGGGCAACUGGCUGGCAGUGCGCACAAACAAAGAAAACCAGUUGUUGGAGAAGGGCAUCAUUCCUAAUAAAAGCAGGGCAGACCAAAUGGCUAACGUCCAGAAUGCUGCACGAGCUGCUUCAGGUAACGACCGAGGUGACUUCUGGAGACUUCGAGGACAAAGAGCAGCUAAGAAAAAAGAUCUUCGCAAGAGUCGAGAGGAUCUGAGUGCAGCACCAGUUGCCACUCGAUUCCCAGCCUAUGAGAGAGUUGUCUUGCGUGAAGCUGGUUUCAAGAGACCUGUGGUCAUAUUUGGGCCUAUUUCUGAUGCUGUGAAUGAAAAACUGGCCAAAGACAUACCUAACGAGUUCAUUAUUGCUAAAACUGAGCCAAAGGAUGCAGGGAGUGAGAAGUCAGCUGGAGUCGUGAGACUGAACACAAUUCGGCAAAUUAUUGAACAGGAAGCGCAUGCGCUGCUGGAUGUGACUCCUAAAGCUGUUGACACCUUGAAUUACACCCAGUGGUAUCCCAUCGUCAUCUUCCUGAAUCCAGACAGCAAGCAGGGAGUCAAGACCAUGAGAAACCGCCUCGUCCCUGCAUCCACCCGCAGUGCACGCAAACUAUAUGAGCAGGCUGUUAAAUUGAGAAAGACAUGCUCACACCUUUUCACUGACACCAUUGACCUCAACUCUGCCAACGAUGCCUGGUAUGGCAGUGUGAAAGAUUCAAUUCGGGAGCAGCAGGACAGAGCUGUUUGGGUCUGUGAAGGCAAGUUGGAUGGUUCAGAAGAGGAUCUAGAUCUCCAUGACGACCGAAUGUCCUACCUGUCAGCAAUGAGCGCAGACUACCUAAGCAUGGACAGCCGUCUGACCAGCGACUACGACGACACAGCCGACGAGGGUGGGGCUUACACCGACAACGAGCUGGACGAGCCAAUGGACGAGCAACACCCUGUUUCGGCCAUCAGUCGUUCAUCGGAACCUGUGCUUCCCGACGACCCCCACCCUGAACCCCGGACACGUAUGAGAAGGUCAGGCAGCAGAGAGAAACUAAAUAGAGAGCCUAGUCCUCCCCCUGCUUUUGUCCCUGAACCCCCAAAGGUGCGUGCUCAGACUCGGACUGACUCAUCACGCAGCUAUGACUCGCACUCCAGCAGCACCAUCAGCAGCGACGCAAUGGGCGGGGGGAAGCCGCUGCCCCCUCCGGUGGCCCUGAAGCCCACCAUUGCCCGCCUCAACCAGAUGUCAGAUGAGCAGAACUCAGAGAAGGAGGAGGACCCUGCCAACAAAUCCUUCUUGGGCAAGAUUAAAGCCUUUGAGAAGAUGGACCACCUGGCUCGUGCACAGAGGAUCCUCGAACUGCAGGAAGCCGAAAGUGCUCGAUUGGAAAUCGCCCAAAAGCACCCGGACAUCUAUGCAAUCCCAGUCAAACAGCCCAAACCCAAUCUUAAUCGUCCUCAGCCAAUAGGUUCCAGCUCCAACCCGGAGCCACAGACUCCAUCCAGGCAGCAGUACUCUGAGAGUAGAGCUCACGAAGACGACGAUGCAGAGUACCGCAGGCAACUGGCCGACCAUAACAAGAGAGGCUACUACAACCCUCAGAAAUACAAGGACACUGAGUUGUAG